AUUUUAUAUGGAACUUUGACCUUAGUUGCCACCUUUUUUUUUAAAGAGUUGGUUGAUACUUUUCCCUCUAUUUUGCUCAUCACAGCAUCCAAGAACACUUGAUUUGACUGGCCAGCCAUUGUCCCAACUCCCUCUCUUCUCUUCACCUAAUCAAACCCAAAGACUUUUUCUUCUUCUUGUCAACUAACACUUCACAUUUGUAUAUUAAUCAGUCAACACGACGUUUCUCCGGUUGCUUUAUCACCGAAAUAAUCAUCCAUAAUUGCUUCUACAGUUGUUAAACCAUUAAUAAUAGCGGUUUAACGAAUUUCAUUUAUACUUAUGGAGAACAGUAGUAACAAAGAAACGGCGAUGAGACUUAGAGAGGUGGCCGAAGGAGCAGUAAAGGCGAUCGGGUUAGGGUUUGAUAUAGUGGAUGAUUUGAGGUUGAAGUUUUGUAAGGAUUAUCAGUUGAUCUCUGUUGACCAUGAUCAGGUGCGAGACAUUUCUAUUCCUGGUGGAAUUUUGGUUCAAAAUGUUCCCAAAUCUAUCAAUUGCGAUAAAGGCGAACGCAUGAGAUUUACUUCUGAUAUUCUCUCUUUCUCCCAGAUGUCCGAGCGAUUUAAUCAGGAACUAUCCCUUUCUGGUAAGAUUCCAUCGGGCCAUUUCAAUGCUGCUUUUGAAUAUACCACUUGUUGGCAAAAAGACGCUGCCUACACGAAAGCUCUUGCUUUUGAUGGGGUCUUCAUAACACUCUAUAACAUUGCAUUAGAGAAGGCUCAAGUUGUACUGCGUGAUCAUGUUAAACAAGCAAUUCCUUCAUCUUGGGAUCCAGUAGCAUUGACAAGGUUUAUUGAGAAAUAUGGUACCCAUGUUAUUGUUGGUGUAAAGAUGGGUGGAAAGGAUGUUGUAUAUGUCAAACAGCAAUAUUCUUCAACACUUCAGCCUGCUGAUAUACAGAAAAGGUUGAAAGAAGUGGCAGACGAAAGAUUUAGCAAUGCAAAUGUACAAUCCAGCACUACUUUGCUAGCUAAUAGAGAACAACAGCUGCCCUUUAUGGAUUCAACUUCAUCAACAGUUCAUCUUCACAAAGAGGAUAUUACAUUCCUCUGGGGGAGGAGAGGUGGAAGCCGUAUCAGAAAUAUCCCACAUAAAAGGUGGUGCCAAACUGUUCCAGUUGAACCAGACGUGAUUUCAGUGUCAUUAAUUCCAAUAUCAUCAUUAUUGAGCGGGAUUGAUGGCAGUGGUUUUUUGAGCCAUGCGAUUAACUUGUACAUGCGUUAUAAACCACCAAUUGAAGAGCUUUAUCAGUUUUUGGAGUUCCAGCUUCCAAGGCAAUGGGGACCUGUGUUCGGUGAACUUCCUCUUGGUCCAGAGAGGAAGCAGCAAAGUGGUGCAACUCUGAAGUUUAGUCUAAUGGGACCCAAGUUAUAUGUUAAUACAAAUCUGGUGGAUCUGGAUAAACCAGUGACCGGUCUCCGAUUGUAUUUGGAAGGAAAAAGAAACAAUUGCUUAGCAAUCCAUUUGCAGCACCUUUCAUCCUUGCCAAAAAGCCUUCAGCUUCAAAAUGAAUCAUAUGACUAUGCGAGUAGCUCCUCUGACCAAAGGUAUCAUGAGAAAGUCCAAUGGAAAAGUUUUUCACAUGUAUGCACCGCACCCAUAGAAUCUGAUGAUCUCUCCAUUGUCACGGGGGCCCAAUUUGAAGUUAGAGAAUCUGGUCUGAGAAAUGUUCUUUUUUUACGCCUUCAGUUUUCUAAAGUCAUUGGUGCCACAGUCAUAAAGAGAGCUGAGUGGGAUGGUUCUCCUGUUAUCACUGAAAAAUCUGGAAUCAUCUCAACUAUAAGUUCUCAUUUUUCCUCGGCUCAAAAGCCACCUCCACGACCAUCUGAAGUUCACAUAAAUUCUGCACUUUAUCCUGAUGGACCUCCAAUGUCAGCACAAACCCGAAGACUCUUGAAGUUUGUGGAUACGACAGAGAUGAUGAGAGGACCCCAGGAUCAACCUGGGUAUUGGAUGGUGUCCGGGGCUAGGCUUGUAGUGGACAAGGCUAAGAUUUCUCUUCGUGUUAAGUUCUCUUUACUAGCUGUUGUCUUGCCAGAUGAAGAGGAGUCAUUCCAAGGCUAAUGUAUAGGGGGAGAAAAAGAAGCAAAAAAAAUUGCUUAGCAUUUUUGCUAUUAUGUAUGUAUCUGUAAAAAUAAAUAAUAGGAUUUUGGGAACUUCUCUUGUAUGAAUGCGCAGCCUGUAAAAAAAGAAAGAAAGAAAGAAAGGAAAUGGGAAAUUUCUGUGUAGUGUGGCAAUUAAAUUAGUUUGUCUAUAGUCUAUUUCGUAUUUACAAUGA